GAUAGCAUUAAUUAUUUGCCCUAGCACCUUUAGAUUGGAAGGUGUUCUAUUUCUUCAAGAUCACAUGUCUCCAUUCAUUGAGAAUUUUAGUCUUCCCAUGAUUCUCUGCCCAAAAUUUGUUUGCUACUCUUACUGAGGUUUUUGCUAGGUUUUUAACUAGAGCGUUUAAGGAGAUUCCUACUUAGAUCCUUCCUUUUACCGAUAUUUCUCACAAUGUCCCAAAUGAGGCUCUCAAUUGCCAUAUCAGGCAAAUCAAUGGCAACCACCCUAAGCUUGCCCAACAACUCAAAGUCCCUGAAAAUUCCUAAUGCUAGUAAUCGCCACGAAGUCCUCAAGAUUGUUGCAGAUGGGUGUGAAAGUAUCAACCUCAGUUCAUUGUGUAGAAGGGAUUUGAGAACAUGGGUAUCUGCACGUCCAGAUAUCCAGUCUGGUGGGGGAGAUGCAACCAUUAACAACAACAACAAUGGUGGUGGUGGUGGAGGAGGAGAAGGGGGAUCAUGGGGGAAAUCAGAUGACAGUGGGAGUAACAAAAUCAGUGGUGGGCUUUUGGGUGCUUUUCUUCAGGGAUGGAAAGCCAAAGUGGAAGCAGAUCCACAGUUUCCAUUCAAGGUCCUGAUGGAGGAGAUAGUUGGGGUAAGUUCAGGUGUUGUUGGGGACAUGGCAUCUAGGCCAAAUUUUGGUCUCAAUGAACUGGACUUGGUUUUUUCCACUAUUGUUGUUGCAUGCAUCGUCAAUUUCACUCUCAUGUACAUGUUAGCACCAACAGGAUCAGCAGUUGAGACUCUCCCUGGUAUAUUUGCAGGUUGUCCCACAAGCCACGUGUUUGAGGUAGGGAGUUUCAAUGCCUUAGAGAGGAUGGGUACUUUUGUGUACAAGGGAACCUUGUUUGCAGCUGUUGGGUUUGUUGCAGGACUUGUGGGGACUGUAAUAUCUAAUGGUUUGAUCAGUGUUAGGAAGAAAAUGGAUCCCAACUUUGAGACUCCAAACAAGGCACCACCAACUUGGUUGAAUGCUUCUACGUGGGCUGCUCACAUGGGUUUGAGCAGCAAUUUCAGAUACCAAACUCUGAAUGGCAUUGAAUUUCUGCUUGCCAAAGGACUUCCUCAUAUUGCCUUUAAGUCUUCAGUGAUUGUGCUUCGGUGUUUGAACAAUGUGCUUGGGGGAGUGUCUUUUGUGUUGCUGGCUAGAAUAACUGGAGCUCAAAGAGUAGAUGAACCCCUAUCACCGUCUGAAGAUGAUCAGGUUAAGGAUUUGCAGUCGGAUCAAUCUUCUUGAAUUGAAGGUUCUCAUUGGGCUGGUGUGCUUGUAAGCUUCGUGUUCUUGCUGUGCUGUCAUGCUUGCACUGAACCUCCAUCAAAAAAUUUCUUGAAUCAGCACUCCAACUUUUUAAUACUUUAACUGUAAAGAUUUCAGAAUGCUUUGAUUGUGAAGUGUUAUCUUUUAGAAGAUGAUCCAGUGAAUUCUGGAAAGGAUAACACAUGAAUAAUUUGUUCAACAAGCAGAUGGCAAGUUGGAUCCUACUAUAAGAAAACUUUUUUUCCAAAAUUAUUUAAUAAAUAGGUAGAGAGUUAGAAAGUUAUUACGUCAUAUAAAAAUCUACCUUUCUCCAAAAAUAUCUAAC